GAUGCCAGCAUACCGUGGGCAGUACAGAGUCAACUUGCUUGACGCUAUUUUUUAAUUUGGUUCCUCAUUUGAGCUUUGGAUGAAAAUUAAUUUAUUUCUUCUUCAGUUUCUUAAGCACAAAAAAAUCCUACGGCCAUUUUCAUGAGUAUUUGAUGAAAGAAAUUGAGUUUCUCGAUAUUUUUUCUAGAUGGAAAACUGUCGUAGUGAAUGGUCCACCUCCAGAAGAAGUGACAAUAAUUGGAAGGUCACUAUGUUCCUUGUACAUAAGAACGAAGUUAAAAAGAGCAGGGGUAUUCAACAGAAAAUUAGGUCUUACGAGAGUUAGAAGCACUAUUGGGACUAUGGAUGGUUGUGGGAUAGUCAUCAAAGAAGUUUUUCCAGGUUAGUAUAAGCGUUUUGAAAAGGUACAUUUAGAACAACUAAACGAAACACUGUGCAUGAGAAGUAGGGAGGCGAGUCACUGCUGACGUGACGGAUGGGGAAGGACUUGUAAAAUGUAUUCAUGCAGCGAUAUUUAGGUCAAUGGAGGGCAUUUAUACUAAACAUGUGCUUAACAUAGACUUUAGAGUAUUUGAGAAUAUCCUAGUUUGUUUAAAGUGCUGUUGAAUUUAUUUAUAUACAGGGUGUUCAUUUAAAAACAUCCCAUCGCGGAUUUAUCGAAAAUAGCUGAUUAAAAGAAAAAACGUCGAGACACGUCAAAAGAUUUGUCAAGGAGGACAAAUGUUUAACCAAAAACUACUUCAGCCCCUUUCACCUUCGCCCCCCCCCCAGGGUCAUUCCCUUAAAAAUGUUAAAUGACAAGGGGUAUCAUAUUGUUUGAAAGGUGUUUCGAGGUCCCUUAUUUUGGCGUUUGAUUUUUCAAAAUUAGUCGAUUCCUUUUCGAGAGAAUUAAAAAAAUCUUUACUUAUCUUAAUUUGUUCAGAUAGAAAACAAAAACACACGAAAAUACCACUUUUUAUUUCAAUAAGUGUUUAUAAUGUUGCCCGUUAGGGUUUGACAAAUCUACAAUUCGUUUAUAAUUCAAAACGGAAACUACCAACAUAAACAGCAAUUCGGAAGAUUAGACGUAUCAACAACCCAAUAACAACCCGAAUUUUGUCCCCAUACUUUUCAUCAACACAGAUAUCCUGGCGAACUGCAUUUAUUGUUAUACCUGUUUAGUUAUUUGUUGCUAAGGGAAAGAAAGGAUUUAAUUUGCUGUCCUUUGUAACAAUCUUGGGAUAAUGAAAUUAAUUUAUUGAUUCAGAUUUAGCUUCCAAAAUGGUUUCCACACUAGCAGAAAGAGUGGAAAUGGCUUUAAUUUAUGGUGCCCAAAAUCAAUGUGAUCGGCAAACUGCCGUCACGUUUAACGCCAGACAUCCGAGGACGAUAACUCCGCAUAAGGUCUAAUGUGUGCCUGUUCAGAACUAGAACGAAUCUAUCCGAAUCUGUACUGCAACAUUCCUAGACUGGUGGGAAGAAAACCAUCAGAAAGUAUCGGAGGAAUUCUUCCGGCUGUUGGAGAUUAUUUAUUUAGAGAGGAACCAUCCUGGGGAAAAGUAGCUUCAGUCUACUGUGUCGCUGGAGGACUAGCUGUCGAUGUCGUCAGAUUGGGGAGGCCUGAUUGGCUACCCAUCAUAAUGGAUGAUAUGAAGGAAUUUUUAGAAGACAGAAUGUCUCAUUGGGUCCACGCGAAUGGAGGUUGGCUUGGACUGCUAUCGCACUGUAGACAAAUUGAACAAGAUAUCUCCUUCAAAGAAUAUCUGGCGAUAUUCGGUUUGGUGGCUGUGAUUUUCCUAGUCUCAUUUUUUGUGGUUAAGCUAUUUGCGAAAUUAGGUCUUUUUUAGGCUAGAUUUCAGAUCAAAGGAAUUAUUUCCCAUUUUUAUUGUAUUAUAAACUACAUGGUUACUAUUGGCAAUCUCAAAGAACUACACUUUUCGCAUGUGAUGCAUUACCUUUUUGUAAUCUCAGUAUCAAGAAUUUAAAAUCUAAACUAAGAUUUCGAAUAUAUAAAUAUUUUAAGUAUUCUAAGGUGCUUUUGUUACAUUUAUUUUCUCCGAACUAUAUACUAUAAAAUAUAUUUUUCUUAUUUUUAUGUACCUAUUGACGUAUUUUUGUACUUAUUAUAUAUUUAUAAUAAAACCACUUAUUCCAUA